AGCGUUGCCUAAAAAAACUGUUUUUUUUUUUUUUAAUUUUUUGUGUGACUCUGCUAAGUACGCUACUACUCGGCUCUUGCGUUUUGGUGUGUCUUUAUCGUGACUGUAUUUUGAGGUUCAUUUCAAACGAUUGAUGGGUAUUGCUCGAUCAUCAUUGUUCAUUCGAUUCCAGAAUCCCUCCCAGAUAUUUCAAGGUUGAACAAGAGCAAAUGUGUUGGUAUUGUUCACUGCCCAAACUGGAGAUUUAGCUGUCUAACAACUUGGUUUAUCUUGUUUUAGCACAUUGCACCACAUGGGAUUGGGAGUUUUUGUGUUAAGGGAGAAGCAGGAUGGACUCACAACUGGGUCUAAUUGAACAAUCAUUUAACAGUCGUUACACUUUCCGGGCACGAGAAGCGCUCGAUGAUUUACCUGACAAUUUUACAAUAACCGAUCCUUCAAUCUCUGGCCACCCAAUAGUGUUUGCGAGUCGAGGGUUCAUGAAAAUGUCAGGUUACUCGAGAGAGGAAAUAAUUGGGAAAAACGGAAGAUUGUUUCAAGGUCCAGGGACUAAUCAAAGGACCGUUAUGGAAAUUCGAGAGGCAAUUCGGGAAGAAAGGGCAAUUGAGGUUAAUUUGUUGAAUUAUAGGAAAGAUGGGACACCCUUUUGGAUGUUGUUUCGUAUGAGUCCUGUAUUUUGUAAACAAGAUGGGAGGGUUACUAAUUUUGUGGCAUGUCAGGUGCCUAUUGUUUCCAGAAAACGUGGGAGAAACUGUGGGUUCGGUUUUAGUGGAAAGGGCAAUCAGUCUGAAUUUAGAGAGAUUGUGUUUGGUUCUUGUAGGAGCGAGAUUUGUUCGGAUUCUUUGUUGGAUUUGGAUCGUGUUUUGGCUCUUCAGUCGGAUAGUCAAGGACAUGCUUUUUAUAUAUGCUUAGUGUCUCUGGCAGGAUUAGAAAAUGAAGAGACCUGUGAGGCAAGUGAGCUAGAGAAGCAAAAAGCUGCAACUGCUAUAAACAACAUCUUGUCUGUGCUGACUUACUAUAGUGCAUCAACAGGCAAAUUGGUUUGUGAAAAGCGAUGUGGCAUACCUGGGGUGGACUUCAUCAAUUCGUCAUUACGUAUAUCUCUUGGUAGAAUCAAACAAAGCUUUGUAUUAACUGAUCCACACUUACCUGACGUGCCCAUAGUUUAUGCCAGCGAUGCCUUCCUAAAGUUGACAGGUUAUGACAGACAUGAAGUGUUGGGGCACAAUUGUGGGUUCUUAAAUGGAUCUGAUACUGAUCCUGCAACCUUAUAUCAGAUAAAGGAAAGCAUUCGAGCAGAACAAGCAUGCACAGUACGUAUCUUAAAUUACAGGAAGGACAAAACUUCAUUUUGGUGUCUUCUUCAUAUGUCACCCAUUCGUAAUGCUUCUGGCAAGUGUUGCAUAACGGUCUGGUCUGUAAGUCUGCUAGCCAGCCCAUGGUUUACAUUUCAGGUGCAAAGCUAUUACAUAUUAGUAGGAAUUGACUAGGGGAAUUGAAUCACUUUAAUAAGGUGGUGGGUUCAGACUAUUGCUUUUUGGGAGUUUACAUUGUUCCCCUUGUCGAGUCAUGUUAUUUUUGGCACAGAUGGAAAUUCCACCCCUUAUUUUUGGUUAUGACACUUCAGGUGGCAUAUUUUGCCAGCGUUCAAACAGAAGAAGGAUGUAAGAGCGCAGACCGACAUGGUCUGAGCCCAGAAAAGAUGCAGCUCAGUGCCAUCGGUGCAAUCAAGGUUGCAGUGAGGAGUUCAUCAAUGGGUGCUUGUUCUUCAAAAUCCAUUUGUAAAUAGCUUUUAAAUUUUUUGCCCAUUGUACUGCUGCUUCAGAAAUAAUAUCAUCCUUCUUUCAAUA